GGAUCACAUAAUUAUCAUAAACACUGGGUUAUGUGGAUUAGUCAGUUAGGUUACUUUCCUAAAAUAUCAGAUGGCGAUACAAUUAGUGAUAGGCGUUGUGUAUGAGGCGGGUUAAACAACCAAUGGUAAAAACAGGUCAACAAUAGGAUUAUGCCACAUUUUUACAGCCUUCUGUUGGUGGUCUUAUCCCUGAAUGGAAUUAAGGGUAAAAUCAGGAACUAUUACAUAGCAGCGGUGGACCAAGAUUGGAACUAUGCACCAUCUGGUGCCAACUUGAUCUUUGAUGACACCACCAAUUCUGACGUUUAUAUAAAAGGUGGUAUGGAUCGUAUAGGUGGUUUGUACACAAAAGUUAUUUAUCGAGAAUUUACUGAUGGUAACUUCUCGUUACCAAUAACUAGACCAGGAUGGAUGGGAAUGUUGGGUCCGUUAAUGAGAGCUGAAGUUGGCGACGAAUUCCAUGUUCAUUUUAGAAAUCUUGCCUAUACCAGUGGACGGCCGUUUAGUAUACAUCCUCAUGGUGUAUUGUAUACAAAAGCAAAUGAAGGAGCUAUAUACUUAGAUGGCACAUCAGGAGCGAAUAAACGAGAUGACGGAGUUUAUCCAGGAGAAACUUACAAAUAUGUGUGGAAAGUGACGCCAGAAUUUGGUCCCUCUGUGGAGGACCCUCCUUGUAUUCCCUGGGGCUACCAUUCCCAUGUUCAUGCUGAUAAAGAUAUCGAUAGUGGAUUAGUUGGCAUGUUAUUGACAUGUCAAGCAGGAACACUCUUAGACAAUGGUUCCCGAAGAGAUAUAUCAACCGAAUAUGUUAUAUACAUGGAUAAGACAGAUGAGAAUAAUAGCUGGAUGAUAAAGGCUAAUGCCGAGAGAUGUGGAGAUCCUGAUCUGUGUCUUCAAAAAAUAGCCGAUCCUAAUUUCGUCAAAAGCAAUGAAAUGUGGAAUAUAAACGGUUUUGUGUAUGGGAAUUUGCCUGACCUGGAGGUCACAGUGGGUCAAAGGGUAAUUUGGUAUAUCAUGUCUUUAAACAGUGGGAUACAAUCAGUUAGUUUUAGUGGUAAUACUGUCACACAUCGUAAUCAUAGAUUAGACACAAUACCAUUUUUACCAUCAACGUUUCUGUCUGCAGAAAUGAUUCCAGCUUAUGUCGGCAACUUUCUUCUGUACAGCCGUAUAUCUGAAAACUUUGCAGGUGGGAUGCAAGCCUUCUACACAGUUAAGCCUCCUCUUCCACUCACUCGUCAAAAGCGACAAGCAACACCAGCUUUAAAUCUACCAAUAGGAUCGAAACAACAGUCACGUGGUUGGUUUCCGGGAAGUAUGUGGAACUCCCAAAAUACCAGACAAUCGCCAACACACAUGUGGAGUUUACCAACCAAUUUCAAUCCUAGUACAUGGAAUUCUAAGAAUAGUUUAUACCCAGGGAUUUCUCAGGGUCCUUGGGGCGUUCAAAAUAGGCAGACACCUGACAAAGGCUCUUUACUCUGGGAUUUUUUAAGUAGUUAUAUUUCAGGGAAUUACCCAUAUAGUUCUUCCGGUGUUCAAAACGGUUGGUAUCCACGCUGGUCUUCUAACAACUAUUAUCCACAAAGGUCAAGGGGAGGAUUGGCACAAAUCCCUUCUUCGUGGGGUUCACUUUUCCCAAAACGUACAAGAAAUCCAGGGUCCUGGAACACCAGGUCAAGGCGACCCCCACAGCGAACUCCACAGCGACCACCUCCAACUGUAAGUAAAGUACCGGGUCAAAGGCCGCGUCCCCAAAGACCAAUACCUUCAGAUACGCGUCCACCAAACCCACCCGUGCCCUCUGACAUCAUACCAGCUAAAGUAACCCCCGUCCAACGAAUUACUACUGUUCCUACCACGCCCAUUUCUAUCACACCGAGUACCAAGAUUCCCCAUGUCACCCAAAGACCAAGUCGUAGAGGACCAAGAAGACCACCUCAUUUCAGGAACGCGUGGAAGAGACCUGGUAUUUCAAUCUACACAAGAAAUGUUCAUGGAAACGCAUGGCAGCAAGUGCCUUCAAAACUGAGCAUUACCCAUUCCCCUAAUCCUAAUAAUACUUUUAAAUUAGUGGAUGAACAAAACAGCAACACAAGAAAUGGUCGUGGAAAUGCAUGGCAGCAAAUUCCCUCAAAACUAAACAUUACACAUUCCUCCAAUUCUAAUAAUACUUUUAAAUUAGUGGAUGGAAAAAACAAUAACUCCCAGAACAUCGGGACCACCAGUGCACCAGAAAAUUUUGCUUGGACAACAAUAAGUACUGGCACAAGUCCCGAUUUGACUACUACUGAUUGGACAGCAUCUUCGCGGGCGCCAAGGAUAUCAAGAUCAGCUCAUUUUGGUCCAGGAUUGUUCAAUAGUUUUCAGAAUUACCGGGCUCGAGUAUACUAUAUUAGUAUAGAGAGAGUUUUGUGGAAUUAUGGCCCCUCUGGUUUUGAUAAGUUUAACGGUGGUGGACUACUAAAUAACACGAAAUCUAAACCAUUCUUUGAGCGUGGACCACAGCGAAUUGGUGGCGAAUAUGUGAAAGUGCAGUUCUUCCAGUAUACUGAUGAAAGUUUUUCUGAACGAGUAGAAACACGAUAUCGCCAUCUCGGAUUACUCGGUCCACCAAUAUUAGCAGAAGUUGGUGAUGACGUUACAGUUGUUUUAAGGAACAAUGGGGAUGUACCAUUUUCUUUCCUUCCUUAUGGGUUUACAUUUGCCAAGAGUCAGGAAGGUCUCCUCUAUAAAGAUAAACAAACUGGGCAAACGACAGGACGUGUCACUCAACCUAAUCAGACGAUGGCAUAUUACUUUAGUGUACCUGAUGUAUAUACUGGACCUACAGCUGAUGAUGCCCCUUGUGUUACACAUACAUAUCAAUCUGGAGUCAACCCUGUUAAAGAUAUGAACUCUGGUCUUGUUGGGCCUGUAGUCAUCUGUCGACGUGGACAAUUACAACAAAAUGUGCUUUCUCCUCUGCAUAGACAGUCAUGGUUUUCCUCCAAUAAACAUAUCUAUCUGGCAUUGAUUACAUUCGAUGAGAACGAAUCUUGGUAUUUGGACGAGAACAUCAGAAGAUAUACUAUGUCACCUGAACUUGUUGAUAAACAAGAUGCCGAUUUUAAAGAAUCCAAUGCUAUACACUCUAUCAAUGGACUGGUUUAUGGCAAUUUGAAAGGCAUCGAUUUCUGUUUGUCUGAUAAUGUCAUUUGGCAUUUAAUGGUGUUUGGUGGAACAACUGACAUGCAUGGACUAUAUAUCCACGGACAAACGUGGGAUGAAUUUGGAAAUAAUAUUGAUGCUAAAGGUUUACUUCCGGGUUUUACUGCAACGAUGACUUCUAGUCCUGACACUAUUGGAACUUGGAGUAUAGUGUGUAGAACGAAUUCACAUUUUGAAGGUGGUAUGGUCGCAUUGUACACAGUAAAAGAAUGUGGUAAUGAAGAAAGGAUGUUUAGACGAGGUCCUAGUCGGAAGUAUUUUAUCGCAGCUAUGGAGGUUGAGUGGGAUUAUGCUCCUUUAAAACGAAGUUUAGCGGAUGGAGAGCCAUUGACAGAUAUUAAUCAGCCCGGUGGUGUGUUUGUUGUUAGCAGUGAUAUGUAUAUAGGUAGUAAAUAUAAAAAAGUCAUAUAUAGAGAGUUUACUGAUGAAACUUUUACAACCCCUGUCAUUCGUGGACUGGAUGAAGAGCAUCUUGAAAUCAUGGGACCCUUCAUCAAAGCUGAAGUGGGCGAAAAUAUAGAAGUUGUUUUCAAGAAUUUGGCAUCAAUGCCAUAUUCAAUCCAUGCACAGGGACUUAAAUACAGCAAGGCAAAUGAAGGAGCUAAAUACGCGGAUGGAAGUCGAGAAACGCCAAGCGGGCGAUCUGUGGCUCCAGGGCGGACAUUUACUUAUCACUGGGAAGUACCAGCUAGAGCAGGACCAGGACGUAAUGAUCCCAAUUGUAUUGGGCGAAUGUAUUAUUCUUCAGUGGAUUCGGUGGCUGAUACUUAUUCGGGAUUGUUUGGUCCCUUAGUGGUGUGCCGGUCGGGAAUUUUAGAUUCGACAGGCCGACGUAUGGACGUGGAUCGCGAGUUUGCAGUAAUGUUCAUGGUUGUGGAUGAAAACAGAAGUCAUUACUUAAAUGAUAAUAUUCAAUUAUAUGCACCUAUGGUGGCAAAUAUGAAAUUGGAUAUUCCUAAAAUGCCAACUCAUACCAAUGGUAAUAUGGUGCCUCCGUGGACAAAAUUAAAUGAGACUAACAAUGUAUCAUCUAAACAAGAAAAUAACAGGGGAAGAGAAAGUAGAAUCAACCAUAAUAGUGAAUCAGACAUGCAAGUUAGACAUACUGUGAAUGAACCGGAUGAUAAUUCAGACCACCAUACUUUCAACCAUGGCUCAAAGAUAAAUAAUAUCAACAAAGAUAAACUGUUGGAUUCUAUCAAUGACCAUGAAAAUGUUUUGCAAAAGAGAAGUAUAAAAGAUGAUGUCCAGACAAGAAAUGUUGAUUCUAAAAGACGUGGUUUCCAUAAUCCAAAUUCAAAUUCAAGUAAUAAUGUCAGUACACCUGAACCUUUUCCAAACCCGAACCCAUCUGGUGGUCUGUAUAACAAAACAGAUUUCCAAAAUCGAGUUGCAAGAGACUUAACAAAUAAUAUUAAAACUCCACAAGCUAGUGCUGGUGUAAAAACUGUAGUGAAAACAAUAGUUCAGGGCAGAGAUCCCGCACUUUUUGGUACCGCCAUGUUUCAACACAGCAAUCACAUGAACUCAAUAAAUGGGCGACUUAUGGGUAAUCUGAAUGGAAUUGAAAUGAAUCAGGGAGAUAAAGUAGCUUGGUACGUCCUGGCUCUCGGUUCAGCCGAGGAUUAUCACCCUGUCCAUAUCCAUGGACAAGUGUUCACUCGUCGUUCAGACAGAGCCCAUAGAUCGGAUGUGGUUGAGGUGUUCCCUUCGACGUCAGACACAGUGGAGAUGUUAGCUGUGAACCCCGGUGACUGGAUAUUACACUGCCACUUUAGUAAACAUGCUAAGAAUGGCAUGCAGCUCAUUUACACAGUUUAUCCCAAAAAAUAACCUAUUUCAACAUUUUUUAUUUUGUAAUUCUUUACACCCAUUUCACGAGUUGUUAAAUUUUGCCAUAUUUAAUAAAAAUGAAUAAACAUUUAAACAUACAUUAUGCAAGAGCUAAAUCUGUCUAGUGCAGGUCUUUCUUUAGGGCUGAAAUGUUAUCUAAAUUAUUAAUUAGAUAUUAAUUGACUUAUCCAGACCAUAAUCAAUUCUCGAUGUCAUCGCUAGCCUGCGAAAUUUACUGGAUUAGGAUCGGAUUUGUUGCUCAACUUCCAUUCAUGAUUAAAUCAUGAAAUGGAUAAUCGAGACUAUGUUUUUAUCGUACCGACUUUAGUAAUGAUGAUCGAGGCUAGGCCGAAAAUUCAAUCGCUAAAUUCUCGGUUCAGAGUGGACCAAUUUGACUGAAAUUUUCAUUUGACUGAAAUUUAUAAUAGGGUCCACGAUAAAAUGUUAAAUUUUGAUCAAAUAUAGAUAUCAGUUCUAGGCAUUGUUAUUAGUUGACUUGAGAAAUUUAUUGUUCUUGAAGUAAUGAAACUUAUGUCCAAUUUUAUGUAACUAUCAUCGUGCACGUCCAAAGGAGAUUAAUAAGCAAUGUCCUAAAUCAAAAAAUGUAAAUAUCCAUUAUAUUAUGUUGUCUCGUAUCAAUAUCAUAUCCAUGUUAUAUAUAUACAUCAAUAUCGAUUUUUUAAUAUUUUAAUAUAUGAUUGUAAAAUAAAAUUAUCAUUUGUUAUCUUGUUUGUUUAUGAAUAUACCCAUGACUAAUCUAACAGCAAUAAAAAAACCUUUUUGUAUAUUUCUUUA